AGCCUAGUAUAGCGUCUCUCUGAAAAUUUCUUCGAUUUUCAGUCGAAUUGCAGAAAUGGCGGAUCGGUUUUACCCAAAUGUAAUACCGGAUUUUGUUGCAGAGAAUCCGGCGAUAGAAGAAGAACAACAUCCAAUUCCGCAAGGAACGAAUGAAUCACUGUUGAAGCUUCUCUCAACACCAUACCACAUUCUAUCCGAAAAGUUCAAACGCGCAGCUCUCGAUCUCAAAGAAACUAUAGUGGUGGAGACAUGGGGACUAACAAAGCAACAGGUUCCAGAUUUUACACUAUAUUGUGGAACCCUUGGGACUGCUUUUUUGCUCUUCAAGGCCUAUCAGGUGACGAAGAACACGAAUGACCUUGCUGUUUCCUCUCAGAUUGUGAAGGAUUGUGACUCUGCUUCUCGACACUCAAGGGAUGUGACGUUCCUAUGUGGGAGAGCUGGGGUUUGUGCACUAGGUGCCGUCGUUGCCAAGUACAUGGGUGAUGAUCAAUUGGUUUUCUACUAUGUAUCUCAAUUUAAAGAGAUAAAAUUAACCAAAGAUCUUCCUGAUGAAUUGCUGUAUGGUAGAGCUGGAUACCUCUGGGCCUUUCUAUUUAUAAAUAAGCAUAUUGGCCAAGGAACAAUUCCUUCCACCUACACUGCUGCUGUGAUCAAUGAAAUCAUCAAGAAUGGAAGAAAAUUGGGCGGGAAGGGCAGAAGCCCAUUGAUGCAUGAAUGGUAUGGUGAGAUGUACUGGGGUGCAGCUCAUGGAUUGGCUGGAAUUAUGCAUGUUCUGAUGGACUUUGAACUGAAACCCGAUGAUUAUGAAGAUGUCAAAGGGACUUUAAAGUACAUGGUUAAGAAUCGGUUUCCCAGUGGAAAUUACCCUGCAAGUGAAAAUGAUAGGAGGAGAGAUUUACUCGUGCAUUGGUGCCAUGGAGCUCCUGGGAUUGUGCUAACACUUGUCAAGGCAGCUGAGGUUUUGGGAGACGAAGAAUUUCUUAAUGCAGCAGUAGCUGCAGCAGAGGUAGUAUGGAACCGCGGUCUUCUUAACCGUGUUGGGAUUUGUCAUGGCAUCAGCGGGAAUGCUUAUGCCUUCUUAUCUCUGUAUCGGCUCACAGGAAAUGUGGAGUACUUGUAUAGAGCCAAAGCUUUUGCCUGCUUCCUUCUUGAUAGAGCUCACAAGCUAAUAGCGAAAGGAGAAAUGCAUGGAGGAGAUACCCCAUACUCCCUUUUUGAAGGUAUUGCGGGUAUGGCUUAUCUUUUCCUAGACAUGACAGAUCCAAAAAACGCCCGAUUUCCAGCCUAUGAGUGAAAACUUCAUCCCACUCAGAGAGCAGGGCAUAGUAGCACUUCUCUUACGUGAAAUGUUGCUGUAAAGUCUGUGGAA